AUGAUGAUGCUUUCGGAGCCGCCGUCGUGGGAGGCCUGGCGGAUCGAUCCGGCGGAGAGUCUGGGUAGCAGAGCCUCCGCGCCCUGUCGCUGGGCCGCGCUGCUUGCCGGCGGCGACGCGAUCACCGCGCCGCCGGCUCCCGUCCCCGGGCUCGGGCUGCCGCUGGCGGCGCGAGCUGCUUCGAACGGCUCGCUCUGCCUGCGGCCAGAGGGCGACUUGCUGUCCGACCACGUGGUGCGGGAAGGGCGCUGGUUCGAGUGCGACGACCUGGUCCCCCUGCUCGCGAUCGGCGCGCUCGCGGCGGGCCCGGGCGCUGUGGCGCUCGACGUAGGGGCGAACCUUGGCGCCUGCACGAUGCAGCUGCUCCUGUCGACCGACGCGCCGGUGGUCGCCUUUGAGCCCGGCGCGGCCAACUUGGGGCUGCUCUCGGCGUCCGUCGGCGCGCUCGCGCUGCGCCACCCCCCCGUGCGGCGUCGCGCCGUCCUGCUUCCCCUCGCGCUCGGCGACGCAAACUCGAGCUUCUUCCUCCACCCCGCCCUCGGCACCGCGGGCCGCUCUGUGGCUUGCGCGUCCUUCACACGCAACGCCGGCCACUCCGUCCUCGGCUCGAGCGAGAGCGCAGAGUCUCUCAGCCGGUGGGACGGCUCUUCGUUUGGCAGCGCGGAGCGGGUGGUGGCGGACGACAUCCUCUGGCCGAGGCAGCUGCGCCGGGAGCGCCUCCCUCCGCCCGUGGCGAUGAUGAAGAUCGACGUCGAGGGAUUCGAGUGCCGCGCGCUGCACGGGAUGCGGCGGCUGCUCGGCGCCGGAGCCGUCAAGACGGUCAAGGUGGAGGUGUUCGAGUCGGCGCUGCGCGCGCAGGGCUGCUCCGGCUCGCGGCUGCAGCAGCUCCUCCUCGGCUCCGGCUUCCGCCUCUUCCAGUCCGUGGAGCAGCUCGCCCUGGUCGGAUGCGGCCGCGUGCCCGGCGAAGCGGCGGCGGACCCAGACGCGCUGCAGGUCGUCGCCGUGGCGGAGGGCCUGCCCUACAACCUGUACGGCUUGCACUGCCGACGCGGGCACGCGAAGAGUCGAACGUAG